AUGAGUACUUCUAGUCGUAAAAAUUUCAAAGAUAUGACAAUGUUGGAGCUCAAGGAGUAUCUUCAAGCACGCGGUGUGACUGUAACGGGUUAUUUGAAGUCUUCUUUGGUACAAAUAGCAAAUGCUGUUCAAACGAUGAUGCUCCCCGUCGGUCCAAAUUUUGAAUGCCAAAGCGAUGACAAAAAAUUAAUAAUUCAUGAUAUGGAAAUCGAAGACCCCUUCACAAUUUCUCACGAUGCUAUAGAUUAUUUUAAUGACUCUCCUCCCUUUGGACUUUAUGAUAUAUUUAAUCAUUUGAUUUACCACACAACUGACUACGACAAACAAGGUCUGGCAGCUUACAGAUCCUUCGACGAUUAUCGUCUUUUUGAGGAAGGUUACGUAGAAUCCUUACGGACCAAAACAUUGACCGGUGAAGGAGUUCAUUUAUAUUUUGCUAAAGUGAGGCCCGCAAUGAAAGAAAAAACUGACGCCGGUAAAAAGUUUUAUGAACUCUGGUUUAUAUUAGAAGGAAGAGGUCCGAAUAGAGGUAGUGUUCUGAAAGCGAAAUGUCAUUGCAAAGGUGGGCAAGAUGGAGGCUGCAAACACAUUGCAGCGGCUAUGUAUUCACUUGAGGAGACACUUAAUACUCGAGGUGAGGAUAGUGUAACAAGUGCACCGUGUAAGUGGGUGAAAAGGCCAACAGCAAGUAGCAAACCAUGUGAGAUAAAGGAACUUUUUAUUGGUAAACGAAAUUCACCUUCAAAGAGAAAGAAUGUUGAAGAAACAAGUGAGCAAGUAAAUACAAGCAAGAAAGCAAAUGUUCAGUAUAAGAAAAGGAAAAGGUAUCAUGUUUAUUGUGAAAACAUUGAGGUUGAUGUAAGAAAUGAAGAAGACAGAAAUCCCCCAUGUCUACAGUCUUGUUUGAAGUUUGUUCAGGCACUAUCUGCAGAUAAUCAUUGUACUACCAAACCAGUUCAUGGUACUGGCAAACCAGUUUGUGGUACUGGCAAACCCGUUCGUGGUACUGGCAAACCCGUUCAUGGUACUGGCAAACCAGUUUUGCUUCCUUUAUUAGAAAAGAUAUACCUACCCAGUGACAGUAAAGAAACAAUUCACCGUUCUGCAAGCAAAGAGACUGAUAGUGGAUCAAAUGUAAAUAAAAAAGAAGUUAGAUGUGAUUGGAGGAGUGAAUCUAAAGAAAACUGUACAACAAAUGCAAAAAAAAGUGAGGAGAGUUCUGCGGGAAAUUUAAAAGAUGGACAUGGUAUAAUGAAGAAGAAACUACAUGACUUGCUAAAUAAAAACAAUACUGAUGUUGAAAGAGUUGCAAGUGAUAUCAGAAAUGGUGAACUAUUCUUUACUGAAAAAGAGAUUGAAUGCACCAGCAGUAAUACAUUGAAGCAAUGGAGAUGCAAAGAAUGGUUUAUUCAGAAAGCUGGUUUUAUUUCUGCAUCUAAAGCCAAGAGAAUACAUGCCAUUCAAACCAGUUUGGAACAAGGCAAAAAUAGAAAAGUCAGCAAUAUUGUUUUAGAUAUUGUUCACCCUAUCAUCCCAUCCUAUACGCCUUGUCUGCCAAAACAACCACAAAAUGCUCGUGAUUGGGGGCUGAAGCAUGAAGAAAGUGCCCGACAAGCGUAUUAUAGAGUUGAAAGGAAACAGCAUUACGAUUUGAAACUUCAUUCAAAGGGCUUUCUCAUUUCAAGUAGGAAAUCUUUUCUUGGGGCUAGUGUUGACAAUGUCCGAACAUGUUCAUGUAAAGAUUGCCACUCAGUAGUUGUUGAGUACAAAUGUCCCUGGAAGCACAAAGAGAAACCACCAAAAGAAGCUUUCUUGACCCCAGAAGUUGGUGGGGAACAGGUUGGAGAUACUUUCCUUUUGAAAUCCACCUCUAAGUACUAUUAUCAAGUGCAACUACAGAUGUUUGUAUGCAGUCUCAUGUUAUGCCACCUGGUCGUUUGGACAAAGCUUGGUGUGUUUGUUGUUAAAGUACCAUUCAAUGAAGAAUUUAUAAAUUCUGUCAUUGUCAAAUUGGAAGAGUUCUGGAUAUCUCACAUAUUACCAUCUAUGAUGCUUGUAAUAAAUGGUUUGGACAGGACAACAGGUAAAACAUGCAUUGUGUACAAUUUGUUAUGCAUUUAAAUUAUACUAACAUGCUAACCUAUUCAAAUACAGGUAACGAAGUUGGUCAGGCUUUUUCAAAUACUGCUGUGAAAGAGGUUCCGUUUCAAAAAGAUGACCCUGACAUUCCUCCAAAAAAGACUGACAUAUUGCCCAAGGGAUGUAGCAAUCUGGAAGGUUACUCUACACAAUCAACAACAACACCAGCUAAAAGUAUUAGCAUUUCUGGAAUUGAUAUCUAUCAGGAAUGUAUUGAUGGACUUCUUCCUUGCACAAUGGUCAAUGAUAACAUUGUUUCAUAUCUAUUUGAGUAAGUAGCAGUGCAUGAGUUGAUCACUUCUGAUAAAGCUAUCAAUAUUUUCACUGUAUCUGUGCUCAGGGGCGUAGGAAGCGGGAGGCCGGGGGGGGGGGGGCAUGGCCCCUCCCAAUAUUAUAUGAGGGGGCCUAAAUAUCUUUCCCCCCCCCAAAAAAAAAAAAUUAAUGCCGAAUUUUUAAAAAAGGGUGUAGUAUUAGAAUAGUAAUAAUACUUCAAGCCCACCAAAAGAAUUACUUAACACUCUCAAACGGCCAGGGCCGUCGCUAGAACGUUAAUUGGGGGGGGGGGUGCAUAUUCAUAUAUUCAUGUUCUGCCCAACUAAUUUCUUUUGAAAUUAACUUAGAAACAAAAGAAAUCCGUCGGGCAUAACAUUAAUAUAUGAAUAUGCAAUUCACUGACAACAACGCGCAAGCCCUACUAACCAUUCUGGCUGUCUAGAGACUGCUAAAGUUAAAACAUUUUUCGCUCGGCGCCUGAUUCCCCCCCCCCCAAUAUUUGAAAGGUUCCAAUGCUCCUGUCCAUGCUAUAUUUUGGUCUUCUAAUUUCAGACAAGAAAAAUGCAUUUACCCUGUCAUCAGUACGUUCUUUUUCACCACAUUGUCUGGUGAACAAGCAAAGAAGAAACCUUCUAGGUAUAAAACUUUCUUGGUUCCUUUUCCAGUGCUUAACAGAUUAAAUUAUUAGACAAAUAAUUGCUAACCUUACAUUAUUUAUGUUUUACUGCACAGAUAUGAAAGAAACAGUACUGCUGAGAUGUUUUUUGGGCCACAUUUGCUGUUGGAUGAAUACAUAUUUAUUCCCAUAAACAGAAGGUAUAUCAAUAUUAAAUGUUGUGAUAUAUAUGCCAACAACUAUACACAACCAAAAACCACAGGCUUCUUGCAAGUUGAUGAAAUUGACAAGCUUGUUGCAAAUUGUCGACAAGUUGCAACAAGCCUUUUAAAAUCAAGCUUGUUGCAACUAAUAUCAUUUGCAGACUUGUUGCAAGUUGAUGAAUCAACUUGCAUCGAGCUUGUUCACUGAAGUCUGUUCUCAACAACUUGCAACAAGCUUGUUGACAACUUGCAUCAGAAGCCUGAUGCAAGUUGUCAACAAGCUUGUUGCAAUUGGGGCAUUUUUGGCUGUGUAGUAUAUGUACUAAUAUAAUUGUUUUUUGCUCCAUUAUUUUGUGUAGGUACCAUUGGUUAUUAGUUACCUUGACCCCAUGGUAAUGAGCUGUUGAUUUGUUUUUAAUGGCUUCAUGACUGAUUUCUUUGAAUGAAAUAAAAACCUAAUUGUUAAAUAUAUUGUCUAUUAUGUGACUUCUCAACAGGUAAUUAUCAUGGAUUCUCUCACCUGGGAUGUUUCAACCAGAAAAAUUGAAAUUAGUCUGAUUUUAAAGUAAGUGGGUGUAAUGGCUUAUUAAUUUGCUUGUUUAUACAUUUCAUGUCUAUAUCUUGUUUGUAAUUUUAUUUUAUAGUUACCUUAUUUACCUGACUGGAAAACAUUCACUUCCGAAGAAACACCAAAAUAUGGAAGUCAAGGUUUUAAAGGUAUACAUUCAAUAAGUAAAUGUUUAUUUAUUUGCCAAAGAAAAAUUAGUAUCACUUAUGAAUGUUUCUAGGUCCCUCAACAACAUCCUUAUAGCAACAAUUGUGGUAUUUACAUUGCAAAGUUUCUGAAGUACUUUAUUCAGGUAACUUAUAUAUUAUGUCAGUUUGGUCUCAAACGAUUUUAAGAAAUUGAAUAACUUUACCAACCCAAAUAGAAGUUCAAGAAAGUAAACACCAUUCCUUCCUAAUUUGCUUUAAGGACUUGGACAUGUAUGAGUCAGGACCAGAGGAAUAUUGUGCUAAAGAGCACAAAUGGUUCAAACAUGCAGAUGCUGAGAAAACACGCACUGAAACAAGGACAUUUUUGCUGAACACUUUUCAAAAUCAGAAGCACACACAAGGAUGUUAA